UGAGUCAUAAUUUCUAAAACUGAAACACAAAGAAGCUUGCUGAAUACUUACAGUUCAAGGUUUGAAGAAGCAGAAGGGAGUGUUGACUGGUCAACUCAUGAAAACAUUUCAGGAUGUGGCCAAGAAAUCAUGGACGUCUCAGGAUACGGCUGGCGACAAUUCUCUUCCUCAUUUCUAAGGAGACUGUGACAUCCCAUAAAUACUCAAUUGAAGUUAACCAAGAAGUGGAAAUCAAACGUUCCAUGUGUGCCAUUGUGCCUUGUAAAUUCACGGCUGACAGUAGAGAGAAAUUCCUCGACUCAAAAGGAUAUUGGAUGAAAGGGUCUCAGAGAGUGGCUUCUACUGACAUGUCAGUGGGGACAAUGAAGAACUUUCAUGCCAUCGGAGACCCUAACAAUGGUGACUGCACCCUGAAAAUCACCAACGCCAGGAAAGAAGAUGGAGGAACUUACGUCUUUAGAUUUGAGGAGAGCAAACACAGUAUAGUUCAAUACAAUUAUUUAAAUACGCCAGUAAAUGUACAUGUAACAGACAUUAGAGAAGUAGAUGGCUAUUCUAUUCAGGUGGAUCAGACUGUCACUGUCCAGAAGGGUCUUUGUGUCACCAUUCCUUGUACUUUUACUGCUGAUCACAUAAAAUCCUUUACCGGCUCUGGAGGUCACUGGAAGACGAUAUGCCAAGAAUUUGCAGCCUCCAGUGACAAGUCAAUUGUUGGUACAAAGCCAAAUUUUCAGUUGAUGGGAAAUCCAGAUAAUGGAGAUUGCACACUGAAGAUAACUGACGCCAAGGAGCAAGAUUCUGGAACGUAUCACUUCAGAUUUGAAGACGGACAAGCCAACAACCGGAAGUACAGCUAUUUAUCCAAAAUGAUAACAAUACAAGUCAAAGGUAGGCUUACUGCCCACAAAUGUCAACAGUUCCCUCUAAUGGUCUAUUCCUGUACUGAGAUAAAAGUGAAGGCUUUGAAAAACAAACACCACACUCAGAUUCAUUUGAACGCAUGA